AAAGGAAGACCAAGGGAUUCAUCAACGUAGAAAUGAGUUCCUGCUUCACCAUCUCCCUCUCUCUCCUCUUCUUCUUCAUAAAUUUUGCAGCUACCGAAGCAGCACCUACGUUUCUACGGCACUACUGCCCAAACACCACCCUCUUCACUCCCAACUCCACCUAUCAAUCCAACCUCAACGCCCUCCUCUCUUCCCUCUCCUCUGCCGCCACCGACAGCGCUGAUGGCUUCGCCAAUGCUAUUGUCGGCCAAAACCCUCCCGACCAGGUCUACGGGCUCUUCCUCUGCCGCGGCGACAUUGACCUCACCACAUGCAGCAACUGCGUGGCCACUGGAAAACAGGAUAUCCUCCAAAGAUGCCCGAACCGGCAAGUCUCCGUGAUCUGGUACGAUGAGUGUAUGUUGAGGUACUCCGAUGUGUUCAUCUCCUCGGUCAUGGAACAAGUGCCUUCUUUCACGAUGCACCACACUGGGAACAUCACUGAUCCAACCCGAUUCAUGCAAGUCCUGGAAGAGACCAUGGACGACAUCACCGCAAGGGCUUCAGUCCGCGAGUCGGGGAAGAAAGUCGCCAUUGCGGAGGCAAACUUUACCAGCUUAAAGAAGCUGCACACGCUCGCACAGUGCACGCCGGACUUGACAGUGUCGCAGUGCAACACGUGCCUCCGCGCAGCAUUUUUGGGCCUCCCCCGGGGAAAGAAAGGUGGGAGGAUGUUCACUCCGAGCUGCAGCAUGAGGUUCGAGCUGUACCCAUUUUAUAAUGCCUCGGCCAUAGCGGCCCUGGUGCCUCCGCCGUCCUACCUUCCAUCUCCUCCAGCUCUUCUGACCAGACGUAACGCACUUCAAAGCAGCACAAUUGACAGUAUAACUGCAUCAACUCCUCUCGUUCAGAACCAAACCAUUGUCUCUAGUCGUCAAAUCUUUGAGCUUGGGUUCUUCACGCCUAAAGGAUCAGCAAAGCAGUACGUAGGAAUAUGGUACAAGAACUUGACUCCCUCCAAAGUUGUCUGGGUGGCCAACAGAGACAAGCCACUUGGACACACAGAUCAAUCUGCGAGCUUAAUAAUUGGCGAAGAUGGAAAUCUGAAGCUUCUUGAUGGGCAACAAAACACUGUGUGGUCUACUAAUAUCAUGGCAAAGUCUAACUAUUCUGUAGCACUGCUUUCAGACUUUGGAAACUUUGUUCUUCAAGACAGGAACGCGGAUAUAAUGUGGGAAAGCUUUGAUGAGCCAACUGACACUCUCCUGCCAAACAUGAAGAUCGGAGUGAACGUGAAAACAGGAAAGAAACGGAACUUGAUUUCCUGGAAAGGCGAAGAUGAUCCCUCAUUCGGAAGCUUUGCUGUAGGAUUGACACCAGAAACAGCGCCUCAGGUUUUCACUUGGAAUGGAUCAAGUCCUUACUGGAGAAGCGGACAGUGGGAUAAAACCAAGUUCAUCGGAAUACCGACCAUGAGUGGGCCUGGGUCCGUUCUCCAGCAAGAUAAUAUACAGGGAACAACAUAUUAUUCCCUCAAAAGUUACGACAAUCUCUUUGGAUAUAAUUUCAUCUCAUCUGAAGGAUAUUUAAUGGCAGUUCGUUGGGCCAAUGGAUGGUCGACAUACUGGGGGGCACCGGAAUCAACUAACCCUUGUGAUAUAUAUGGAUAUUGCGGCUCCUUUGGAGUUUGCAACCUGCUUAAUUCACCCUUGUGCAGAUGCUUAAAAGGUUUUAAACCAAGAUCAGAUGAAGAAUGGAACAGAGGAAAUUGGACCAGAGGGUGCCAUAGGGAAAUGGAAUUAAAUUGUCAGAAACCUGCAAAUGCAGCAGCUUCGACGACUGUCGAAAAAGAUAUGUUCCGGCGAAUGAGUCAGAUCAAGUUGCCUGAUUCCGCUGAUUUUCCAUUGAUAGAUGAUGCAGAGCGAUGUCAAAGUUGGUGCCUAGAAAACUGCUCGUGCUUGGCCUUUUCUUAUGUGAAUGCUAUAGGAUGUAUGGCUUGGAGUAAAGACCUCCUAGAUAUUCAGCAAUUCUCCAUGGGUGGCCAAGAUCUAUAUAUUCGGCUUGCAGAUGGGGGUGCGGGUGCAGAUGUGGGUGCGGGUGCAGAUACAGGUUCAGGUUUACCCAUGCGGACAAAACUUAUCAUCAGCCUAAGUACUAUUUCUGGCAUCAUCUUAUUUGGAGCCAGUAUUUUAGUCUGUGGUCUUUCAAAGUGGAGAGGGAAGUUUAGGAAAAUGACAAUCCCAGGGCUCUUUAGGUCAGUGGCUGAGGCCAUCAAAUCAGAAAAACUGCCAAAGGAAACUGCAUGGAAAGAGCAAAUGAAGGAAGAUGAUGCAUCUAAAUUGGUGGCCUAUGAUUUUGAUAGCAUAUGCCUCGCAACAGACAACUUCGACACGAAAAACAAACUCGGGCAGGGAGGGUUUGGCCCGGUUUAUAAGGGAAAACUGAAGGAUGGUAAGGAGAUAGCAGCGAAGAGACUUUCGAGCUGCUCAGGCCAAGGCUUAACGGAGUUCAAGAAUGAGAUCCUUCUAAUAUCCAAACUUCAACACCGAAAUAUGGUGAGACUCCUCGGUUGCUGCACUGAAAGAGAAGAAAAGAUUCUAGUGUAUGAGUAUUUGCCGAACAAGAGCUUGGACGCCUUCCUUUUUGAUUCAAAAGAGAAGGCGAAACUUAGCUGGAGCGUACGCUUCCACAUUAUCCAGGGGGUCGCGAGAGGGCUGCUCUACCUCCACCAUGAUUCUGGCCUCAGGGUCAUACAUCGAGAUUUGAAAGUGAGCAACAUUCUAUUGGAUGAAAAGAUGAAUCCUAAAAUUUCUGAUUUUGGGCUGGCGCGGAUGUUUGAAGGAUCUCAAGUUGUGGUAAAUACUCACAAAGUUGUGGGGACACAGUAAGCUUUCUAUCAUCACUCUUAUAAGCAAUUACUCAUGAGGCAAUAUAUCACCUCGGAAGCAGAUUAGCAUUAUUAUACGCUCACCUAUCCAUUCAUACGUGUUCCUACGGUUGCUUUAUUAUUACGGAUAAAAUUCUUCCAUGCACAGCCAAUGGUUCCAAUAUGUUAGUUCUCUCUGUAGUAAUUAUAGACCAGCGCUACAAUGCAAAUGCUAAAAGAUAUGAGAAAUAUGGUACUCAUCGAGGUGGAAGUUUAUCGCCCUCCAAUUUGCUCACCUCUCAUGUCAUCGUCCUUUAGUCUAUGAUUUUUUGUUUGAAUUGUACUUCAGGAACCUCCACUUAUAUUAUUUUGUCUACAGCGGUUACAUGUCUCCCGAGUAUAUCAUGGGUGGGACAAUUUCUGAGAAAUCAGAUGUUUAUAGCUUUGGAGUACUGUUAUUAGAGAUUAUCAGCAGCAAGAAGAACGCAAGUGUAGAUUACCCCGAGCAGCAUCUCAAUCUCAUGGCUUAUGCAUGGCACUUGUGGAGUGAGGGCAGAGGACUGGACCUGAUGGAUGCAGCCAUUGCUGACGCAUUUUCGACGUCAGAAGUAAUGAGAUGCAUUCAGUUAGGGCUUCUCUGCACGCAGGACCAUGCCACAGAUAGACCCAACAUGUCCGCCGUGGUUCGAAUGCUGAAUGGAGAGUCCAAGCUUUCACAGCCGAAGCAACCGACAUAUACAUUUCAAGGUUUGCUGGCUCGCGAAGUCCAAUCACAAGAAGGAAUCCGGUCCGUGAAUAACAUCACCAUUACUACGGUUGAAGGGAGAUAAAAUUCUUAAAUGCAUUUUCACUAUCAAUUCAUCUUUCGUGGGAUUCAGUGUUCACCAAAUUAAAUGGCAUGAAUAUGCACUCUUUUGUUAUACUUUUAUUGAAUAUAUGAUGUAAACAUAGAGAUUGUGAGGGAAUUUGAGUUGCUAGCUCUCUGGUAGGAUAGUUUUAUGUGGGCAAGGUCGCAGAAAAGUUCAGAACAUCCGUAUGCACAGGGGUUUCUACCCCUUCUGCAUAUAAAAUUGUUUUCCCUCUCAACAUU